GACCUUCUGACACUGUUCAUAGUCCUUUUUGGCAGAGGGUGUCCCCCUGUCCCUUGUCCUUGCUGAUGUCAGGUGCCUGGCCUUGUCUCUUGUCUCCCAGCCUUGUCUUUUUCCUCUUGUCUUCUUUUCUUCUCCAUGCCAUUAGCCAUGGUAUUAAUUCCUUAAUUACUAUGAUACCCUAUCAUUUAACAUACAACUGAGUUAUAUAAUUUAACCGUAUAAUAAUUUCGAAAAUAGCAAGUAAAUCUUCACUUGGUUGGAUUUUAAACCCCAUCUUAAAGAAUUUUCUUUCUUUAUCUUGCUUUUGCUUUCUUAUGGACAAUUUAAAACUCACUUCAAUCCUUCGAGAAAAGAAACACUCACUUCAAAAAACCAUCUUCAAUGUGAAAAAAAUAACUUCAUUCCACGAAUAGGGGAAAAAGUUUGGAAUCCUAUGUGAAAUCUAAGUUUGUUUAUAAAAUGAUCACCACAUUAAAAAAAAAUGACAUCUACGUCGAAGAUUAGAGAAAAUAUCAUUAGUAAGUAUAUUAUAACAUAAUAAUCACCAAUUUUUAUAUUUAUUUUUAAUUAAACUCAUCAUUAAAAUUAAGGAUAGCUAGGCAAAUCAUUAACCAAAGAGUCAAUCCCUUCAUCAUAUUCAAAUCUUUUUCCAAACUUUCUAGAAUUGUCUAUCAAGUUUAGCGGUUGAAAGAUAUCAUGCUCGUUUCGAGUAAUGUGAAAUGUGAAUGUACUCUUUCCACAAUUGAGUGUUGUGUUGUUACUUGUUAGUGAAUCAAAAGAACAGUUCUAUUAAGAACUGUGACUAACUAAUCAGUGGCCUCAAAGUUGAGUGACCUUUCGUGUAAUUAAACCCGUAUGUGCAACACAAGAUAACUAAAAAAAGCAGAGCAGCACAGACAGUGCAGUACUAGUAGCUGCCUGCCGGUACCUGCGCCCGCUCGCCCAUAUAUGGAUGGAAGAUUCUUAUUCUCUCUUCUCUUUUUUGUUAAUUUCCUUACGAGAAUUCAAAAACCCACCAACAACAUUAAUCUACCAUUAACCAUAACGCCAAAAGAUGGAAGCUUUCCUCAAAUUUAAGACAAGAUUUCAAUUACCCUCCAUCUCCAAUCUCUCUCAUCACUCCACUCCAUCCAUCGUAUAGAGAGAGAAGGUGAGUGUGUUGUGUUGGGAGUGCGAUUGUAAGAGAGAGAGAGAGAGAGAGAGAGAGAGCUCAAAUCAGUUGAUUUCUGUCAUCAUCAUUUGCAAUGAUGCAUUGGUUUUUUGGGUAAUGAGCUAAAAGAGCAAACGGAAUUAGAAGAAAGACCAGAAGAAGAAGAGAAGGAAGGAGCAAAAGCGGGAAAGGAAAAGAGAAAAAAACAAAUGUUCUGCGGGAGAAGUUCAAGGUGUUCAGAUGAUAAUAGGAAGGGAUCUGUACCGGUGUUCCUCAACGUGUAUGACCUCACACCCAUUAAUGGCUACACUUAUUGGGUAGGCUUGGGAGUUUACCAUUCUGGUGUUCAAGUUCACAAUGUGGAGUACGCAUUUGGGGCACAUGAGUAUCCAACGACUGGGAUCUUCGAAGGCGUUCCAACGAAAUGCGAUGGCUUCACAUUCAGGAAGUCGAUUCUGAUUGGGAAAACAAAUUUGGGGCCAGGGGAGGUAAGGAAAGUGAUGGAGGAUUUGGCUCCAGAAUACAAAGGCAAUGCUUACAAUCUCAUCACCAAGAACUGCAACCAUUUCUGCAAUGCUGCUUGCCUUAAACUCACCUCCAAUCCCAUCCCCAGCUGGGUCAAUCGCCUUGCGAGAAUUGGAUUCCUGUGCACAUCUUCAUCUACUACUUUCUCAAAUUCAACUUCAACAUCAACUUCAACAUCAUCUUCAUCAUCUUCUCCGGCUACCAGUACUACUGGAGUUCAUCAAGUUCGCGGCAGGAGUAGAACUAGAACUAGACGGCGUGCUUUCCCCCCUUGUUCCCCGUUGAUCUCUUCACCUCCAUCAAUUUCAUGAUCAUGCUGAUCAGACCAUUUUUUAUGAACAAACUGUUUCUUCUUGACAAAGUUUGGUAAAAUUUUCUAUGGAAUGGAGAUUUCUUCCUUGGAAGGAAGAUCCAUAUGGGCAGAAGAGCUGGCUGAUUAAGGUGAUGGUGAUUUCCAUCUCUUUGACUAGGAAAAGGACACUCUAUCUAUCACCAUAUUCCUUAUGUAUCCGUAUAUCAGUUGCUUUCUUCUUCCCUUUUAGGAUUAAUUCCGAGCAGGGUCCCUAAGCUUUGGUACUUUUCUCAAUCGAGCCGCUAAGCUUCGUUUUGUUUCCCUGUAACAGGCCCUCGGAACUUCAGAGGCCAAAAUCAAUCAUAGUCCAUGUUUUUUUUGCUUUGCCAAAGCAUUAUCCCUGCCUUAUUGAUAAGGGCUGUCUUUGCCUUUGACAUGUGGGUGUAAGAGAAUUAAUUAAGCAAAAUGAAGCUGUAUUCAUGUG